UUUGCCUUUGAUGUAAGAGUACACGAUGUAAGAGUACAUGGUUUGGAGAGGAGUGUGUCAACGCUUUGUGAUUAGCAGAACCUUGUUAGACUAUUUCCUGCAACAACCAAAACCACAAACAAGCUUCUAUUUAAAGACAGCACAGCCCACAUGCGGUUAUUACUUUGAAAUCGGCCGUCAGCGAGAUAGCACAUAACUCAAGAUGCUGUGCCAUUUUAAUGGAACUCUGCUGAUCAGUGUACUCCCUCCACUGCUGGUGACGGAGAUUGUUUUGGGAAUCCUCGGCAAUGGUUUUGCUCUCUGGGUCUUCCUGAUCCACCUGAAGCCAUGGAAGAGCAGCACGGUGAUACUCUUUAACCUGGCAGCGGCUGAUUUUCUGCUCAUCAUGGCUUUGCCUUUCCGUGCCAGCUACUACAUGUCCGGGCUCAGCUGGAUGUUUGGAGGUGCUCUCUGCAAUAUCUGUCUCUUCAUGCUGGCAAUGAAUCGCACUGGGAGUACGUUCUUCUUGAUGGCCAUCGCUGUUGAUAGAUACAUGCGUGUUGUGCAUCCACAUCAUCCCAUCAACUCUAUAAGUGUCUCUAAAGCCAUGUUUGGAGCACUUGCAAUAUGCCACCUGAGAGAGAGAAAGCUGGCCCAGCAUGCAAAGAUCAAGAAAGCUCUGUGCUUCAUCACACUAGUCGUGGUGGUCUUCAUCACUUGCUUCCUCCCAAGCAACAUCGUGCUGCUGCUGAUUUGGUUCAAGACCUCAAGAGGCACCCUAUCCGAAUCUGAAAUCUGUCCUGCUAUGGAGGACCUGAACUCUGGAUUUUACAUCUCCAUCAGCCUGACCUAUCUCAACAGUGUGUUAGAUCCUGUGGUCUACUACUUCUCCACCCCUGCCUUCAAGAACAUCUGCCGCAAAGUGCUUCACCUGCCCCAAGCAGAGCCCACUGAAACUACGGAGGGGAAAACCAGAGAAACCGGCUCCCAGUCGCUCAGUCAGCUGUGAUCCCAAAAUCAAGGAAAUGAGCUGCAACUCCCGAGCUAAAAGUUCUGAUUAAAAGUAACACAAUUUUAUUUGCUGUUGCACUCACAUGACAACUUUGGGAGGAAUGUAUUUUUUACUUCUUGUACAAAUGUAUCAAACUGGCUAUAACCAUGUCUGUUACAGAGCAAUAUCUCACAAUAACUUACAUGUAAUAACCGUAAGUUACUGGCCACACCAGACCAAGUCAAACUGGUAGAAAACCUCCUGAAUGUACUUGUGAAAGGAUGAAUGUGAUAUUUUGUCUUUAACCGUUACACAGAAUUGCUUGAAAAAUAUUUAAUAAUAAUCAUAAUAAUACCAAGUUACAGACAUAAAGAUAAUUUCUAAUUUUAAAAAAACCCUCUCUAAAUGCUUCUCUCCUUUGUUCAAUGCAAUGUCUUCCCUGUUGGAACAAGUAAUAAAGAUUUUUAUCAUCA